AUGGCGUAUCACACCCGCCCGGGAAAGGGCUCUGGUCCUGUGUUUCUCCGUCCGUCGCCAGAGCCAAGCGGGAGUUCGUCGAACUCUGUCUGUCCUGUAUGCAAGAACUGGUCUCUUGAGCGAUGGACGACACCGUCACAUGGCCGACGACAGAGCCCCGGGGCGCCGAUGAGAGUCGACUUUUUUCAGGUGGCCGAGUCGGCCUACGAGGAGCAGUGCCGGUUCUGCUACGUCAUAUACUAUUCACUCCUGGCCAUGGGUUGCGAUGUGCAAAUCCAUGGCUACUCGGUCCUGUCUCUCCAUGCAAAGCCGAACGCCCCCUUCUACGUUCUCUGGGAUGAUGCUCGGGUCGGCCGCAGCGUCGUCGAGGUGUUCCGUGAAAAGGACGCAGGCUGUCUGCUGGACAUGCUUGGGUCAGCAACGCCCCUACGCGAGGAUCUUCGCGAUCCAGGACUCUACGACGAGAUGCGACAGGUUCUCCACGAGUGCGAGGAGGAGCACCCUGCGUGUUCACAGGUCACUGGUGAGCUGCCGCGGCGGCUGCUGCAUAUUGGGCCCGCAGCCCGCCCCGAUCUCUGCGUGACAGCCAGUUUCCCAGAAGAUGCGCGAUACAUUGCUCUGAGCCACUGCUGGGGGCCCGACGCGCCUUUGACGACCACAUGGGCAACCCUCACGCAGCGCGAAGAAGGUAUCGAGUGGAAGGACCUGCCUCGAACGUUUCAGGAUGCCAUCACCGUCGCUCGACAACUCGACGUCGAGUACAUGUGGAUCGACUCUCUUUGCAUAAUACAAGAUGACGAAGACGACUGGGCCGUCGAGUCGCUGAAGAUGGGCUUCAUCUACGAGCGAGCCUACCUCACAGUGGCCGCAGCAACGGCAGCCGGCGACCGCCAAGGGUUCCUCGGCGGCUCGCCCGGGCGCGAGCACUUUGCGUCGCGCACCAUCGACAUGGACCCCUUUGGCGGGCCGUCGGGCGUGCAAGCGCGGCGCGUCUUCGACGUGCGCGCCACGACGCUCCAGGACCCCCUGCACACGCGCGCGUGGACCUUUCAGGAGCGCAUCAUGCCGCGGCGCAUCCUGACCUUCUCCUCGGCCGUCUUCUUCGAGUGCCACACGGGCGCGCGCUGCGAGACGGGCAGCGGCAUCCACGCCGACCCGUUCUACCGCGCCAACGUCGGCGUCGCCGGCGACAACUUCUUCCGCGACAAGGAGCGCCGGUUCCUCGACCUGCUGCGCCGCGAGGCCGACCCCCGCAGCCUCUACGACCUGUGGGGUGUCGGCAUCAUCGAGCAGGUGUCCAAACGCCGGCUGACGCACGCGCGCGACGUGCUGCCGGCCAUCUCGGCGCUGGCGCGGCGCUUCCACGCCGCGCGGCCGGGCGACACGUAUCUCGCCGGCAUGUGGCGCCAGGACCUCGCCGGCGCCCUCACGUGGACUGCCGACCCGAACAAGCGCGGCGCCCUCACACGGAGCUCGCUCAUGGUGGGGCUUCACGACGACGACGACGACGACGAGGAGGGGGAGGGCUCGCGCUGCCGCACGACGCGGGUCUACCGCGCGCCGUCGUGGAGCUGGGCCUCCAUAGACGGGCCGACGUGCCUCGACGGCCUGGGCGACGUCGUGGGCAAGGGCGCCGAGAGCGACUGGAAAUUCCGGGUCCUCGACGCCCACACGGACGUCAGCUCGGCGAACCCCUACGGCGAGGUGACGGGCGGGUGGCUGCGCAUCCGGGGACGGCUCGCGACGGCCGUCCUGACCAUCUACUCGAACAGCUUUGUCGAUCCGAAGGACGGGAGACCCAGACCCGCCUCGAGGCCCGCCGUCGGUCUGAAGCUGCUGAACGUCUUGGGAGACGUCGUGCCGGCCCCGAGCCACCGCGGUAUCGGCAUCGACACGCCGCUGGAGUCCCGCGUUGUCCUCAACGGAUCCGUCACCACGGGCGCGCGCGUGGACGGAGGCGGCGACUGGCUGGAACGAAAAGCCAACAUGGACUUCACGGUGCGUAUCAUGAUGGUGGCGAGGUUGCUCAACGGAGGGGGGCCCUUUUGCCUGAUUCUGGGCAACAAUGGUCUCUACGGAGACGACGCGACGUGCUUCGAACGGCUUGGUGUUGUGAAUAUGCACGAGGACAGCCUUGUCAGCCGAGAGGAUGUGUGGCAUGAAGAGGAGUUUAUGAUUAUAUGA